AUGGACAGCGAAGUCAAGUACACCGAUAGGUUUCUGAAACUGAACAGAGAGUCUUCCGUGGAAGAAUCGAAACUGGCUUAUGAUGAAAUGGCCCCAAGCUGGGAGAAGGUAUAUAAAUGCUGCGAUAAAUGAUUUAGUGUUCCGUGGUUUCGGGAGGUCAAAAAAGGAAAGUAGAAAGAAGAUACUGUCAUCUUAUUUAAAAAGUCGACCUGCCCCUUAAAUUUGAAGGAGAAUCAGAAUUCGACCCUUGCAGUAAUCAGUUCGCUUCGCUUUGUGACCUUCCCGGAUCGAUUUAGGUUUAUGGGAAACUGACCGCCUACCCCUCCCCUGACUCAACGUUGACAUUUGCGUCUCACUUCGGGCAAAAUGUUGGGUUAGGGGAGGGGUAGGUGGGCAGUUUCUCAGAAACUUAAAGUGAUCCACUUUCCCUUAACAGAACCUUGGGCUGGCCCGCUUUCAAUACCGAGCUACGUAGCUUGGCUCAUGCUUGUUUUCUCUUAAAGUUGUCGUUGUGUUUAUAUGAGAAGUUGGGUCGGCUCUUUUUCUGAGAUCUCACUUUGAGCAACCGAGAUCAGGCUCGGUAAGAGACCCAGCUUGCCUUUUCAUAUAAACACAACGACAAUGUUAAUAGUUCAGGGGCGCCCAACGAGAAUAUAGUUCAAAACCACAUAAACAUAGCAUUGUUGAACGUUCUUUAGUAUUUAAACGGUAGAUAAAGGCUUAUUUUUAUAGCCUAAAAAUUUUUCAUCUGUUCGGAUUUCCUAGCUGAAAGUAUAGUGAUCCGAAAAUUAUAGGGAUCAAAAUAUACCUUGUCGAAAAUUUCAGCCAGAAAAAAGGCUUCCGAAAAUUCUAGGUGACCUUUUUAGGGUAAAAAUCUGUUAAAAAUGGGCAAUUAUACCACUUUUUGAUGUUCGAAAAUCCUAGGAGAGGCAGGCAAGCAAGAAAUUUUACAGAAAAUGAUCCGAAAAUUCUAGAUCUCAAAUCGUCUUCCGAACAGAUAAUUUUCCGAAAAUUGUCGUUGGGUGCCCCUGAUAGUUAUAUGGAAACAAGGCAUGAGCCGAGGCAGCUCAGUAAAGCGGGCCAGCGCGGCUAACCUCUCUGGCUCGCCUCAUAUAAACAGGCCCUAAGCCUCAUCCGGUAAAUCCUAGCUAUCUAGUUUCUCGCUUCAAUUUUACUCUAAAAUGAAACAAACUUUCGCUAAUUUACUGUAAUAUUUUAAAAAGGCCACGUAUUUCUUUUGUCGUAGAUAAGCGAAAAUGUGGGUUACAAAGGUCACAUUCUUUGCGUGGAGGCGUUUGAUCGCGCUGUGAGCGCCAACGAUGUUUAUCCCAACCCCACGAAAGACAUAAAAAUCCUUGACGCCGGAGCAGGCACAGGUGGGAUUGGCGAGAUGUUGAAAGCUCGAGGAUACACUAAUGUCGACGCACUGGAUAUUUCCCAGGAAAUGUUAAAUUUAGCGGCGAGUAAAAAUCUGUACAAGAAACUGAUCUGUGCUCCGUUGUCCGACACGCACAUGAAGGAGAUAGAAACUGCUGAAUAUGACGUGGUGUUGUGUGCAGGCGUCAUAGUGUAUGGGCAAGUGAAGCCUGGGGCGAUUGAGCAAUGCGCGCGCUUCGUAAAACCCGGUAUGUGAUUUUCUUUUCUUGUGAGUGUAGUGAGAAGGAGUGAAUGGUUUUGUGUUGUAGUUUAAGUGUGCGCGCCUUUAGCCUGUUCCAGAUAGUACAGCGCGGCGUACAGAUGGUGGGGAGCGAGUGAAGUCGUAGGCGGGAGAAACAAGGGGAGAAAACGAGGGAAGAUCGAGGGAAGACUUCUUUUUUCCCUCACCAGUCUCCCCUCGUCUUUUAUUACCUUGGUCAAUUUUUCUCCCGCGCUUUACAGUCUGGAAGUCUGGAACAGGCUAGCGCUUCCUAAACAGGUUUUUGUUUAGGUUGGCACUCCACAUGCACAGAACUCUAUCCACACACUCGAAAAUUGAAUGGUAUUACUUGAGCUCAUCAUCAUAAUCAUGGUGUUUGGGGCGCGAAAUACAAAACAAAUAUUCGUGCGUGGAAAAAUACACACCAAGUUACCCUAAGAAAUAUUCAUACACUGGGGUAAAAAAAUUCAUACAAGGGAAAUGUUAACGGAAAAACGUCAUGCCACUCGAAAAUUCCCCGCUCCCUUCCAUAACUUUUUUAAUGGUCCAUUCCUUAGUAAUAAGUUAUUGUAAACGUUGGUGCAUUCUCUCUUGAACGUAUUUCUUGUGUUUCUUUUGUAGGUGGCCUGUUUAUUUUCUCCAUUCGUUGCGAUUCCUAUGACCCCGUAGAGUACGGCUAUAGUGCCACAUGCGAGAAAUUAGAAAAAUCAGGGAAAUGGAAGCUGAUACUGAAAGAAAAACGUGAGCUUCAUUCAACACCAAACGAGGAACGAUAUCGUUAUUGUUAUCUUAUCACGUAUCAAGUUCUGCAGUAAAAAGUACAUCGUAGUUGAUAACUAAAACGAAACUAUUUCGCUUUUAUGACUGAGAGGUUCAACCUUUCCCCCUCCCUCUCUAAUAUUCACGAAUAUUGUCAAUAUAGG